CUUCCCUUCUCCACAUUCUCCAUCUCCUCCUCCUCCUCUUCUCCUUCCCAUCCCCCAUCCCCAUCUCUUCCCUUCCCUUCCCAUCCCCUCUUUUUCCCCUCCAUCCCACAAUCCUCUAGUACCUCUAGUACACCUAUCUACCUUCUCCCUCUACCGUCCCAACCAAGGAACGUCCAUUUCAUAUAAGUCGAGCCCCAUCCCCACCUUCCCCCGACUUUCCUCACUUUUUUGAUUCCCCUCCUCUCUGUCAUCCACCGUCCCUCCGCAACCCAAGAGGUUCCUGGCUAUUUGCUUUUGUUUAUACGAUUCUGUAUCAUUGCUUGCUUGCUUGCUUUUGAUUGCCUUAUACAAAAGGAAUCAUACCCAAGAAAAGAAACAAUCUCCACUCCACCACUCUAACUGCAUAUUUAUUUAUUACAAAGAGAUCGACAACCACCACCACCACCACUAUAUCUUCAUAAUACAGAGAGACAAGAAUCCAGAGACCAUAUCCUCUACCUAGGCCAAUUUGCUUCCCUUUACAGAAUCAGCUGUAGAUAAGCACCGCCCAACUUGCAAAUAGCAAAAAGCUGCCCAAGCUCUAAAUAAGCUCACACGACUUAUCACACGCGCUACCGAUCGAUGCCUCACAGCUCCCCACCACAAUCACAAUGACGCCUCCAACCACCUCCCCAGACAGCUCCCCGCGCUCCCCCUCAUCGCAUCCGCCAUCACCCAAACGCAAGGCCGAUGCCUCCAACACCGCCGCCUCCAACCGCCCCGUCAAGCGCCGCGCCUCGAAAGCGUGCCAGUGCUGCCGCGCCCGAAAGGUCCGCUGCAACGUCGUCGAGCAUGGAGCUCCGUGUACGAACUGCCGCUUAGAUGAGGUGCCUUGCAUUGUCACUGAGAGCCGGAGGAGGAAAAAGCACCCAUACCACAGCCUCAAGCCCACCGCGGAGGAGACCAUAGGUAGCCCCGCGCCGGGGGUGCACACGCACAGGCACGCGCACAUGGAACUCCCGCAUCAGCACUCCUUCUCGGCCGUUGAGGCGCUCGCCAACGGCAGCGUGAACCCAAUCGAUAUCUCGAAUGGGAAUUUCCUAGGCGAGGACCACUCCGUCAGCUCUGUCGAUCAGGAUGAUGAGAUGGGAAAUUUCCACGUGCCGCAUGGUUUGUACCACAACCAAAUGUCGAAUUUCGACCAAUCCGCCACUCCGGGUGUCUUCUCUCUCGAGCCACCUACCUUCACAAACCUCGUCUCCGGCUUCGCAGCCGAACUUGCACCCACCUCCUUCGUGCCCACCAACCCACUCCCCCCGCCCCCGCAACAACGUCCGCAAUCUGCACGCCAGCUCACCAAUGGCCUUCUCCCCGCCUACAUCAGGCCGUUAAACGCGCGCAUCCCCAUCGAGGAUGUUGGCCACCUCUGGAAGAAGGGUGCGCUCACCAUCCCCGAUGUGUCUUUCCGCGACGCCUUGCUCAGCGCCUACGUCGAUUAUGUGCACCCAUAUAUGCCACUGAUCGAGCUUCGCGAGUUCCUGGGUAUCGUGGAGGAGGGAACGGGAGAUUCUGGCAGAAUCAGCUUGUUGUUGUUUCAGGCGGUUAUGUUCACAGGCGUGGCAUUCGUGGACAUGUCGUAUCUCACUGCGGCGGGGUAUGCCACGAGGAAGGACGCAAGGAAGGCGUUCUACUUGAAAUCUAGGGCCCUGUACGAUUUCGAUUACGAGACCGACCGCGUCGCCAUCGUCCAGGCCCUCCUCCUCAUGACCUACUGGUAUGAGACCCCAGACGACCAGAAGGACACCUGGCACUGGAUGGGCGUCGCCAUCUCCCUCGCCCACACAAUCGGUCUGCACCGCAACCCCUCCCCAACUUCCAUGCCCCCGCGGAAGCAAAAGCUAUGGAAGCGGAUAUGGUGGUCCUGCUUCAUGCGCGACCGCCUCGUUGCCCUCGGUAUGCGCAGGCCCACUCGCAUAAAGGACGAGGACUUCGACGUGCCGAUGCUUGAGAUCGAGGAUUUCGAGACGGAAGAGUUCCCCUCGCACAUCCUCUCAUCCUGCGGGACACUCCGCAACUCCAGUCUCCUCACCGACCUCGGACACCUCUGCAUCGCCAAGGCCAAGCUCUGCCUCUGCAUCUCCCACGUCCUCGGCGCGCAAUACUCGGUCCUCAUCCGCGACCAGGGCCAGGCCAUGGGCCAAGAAGGCAACACCCGCAGCAGCGUGAUGCUCUUCCCGAAGAAACUCGACCAGACCGACGAAGUGCGCGACUGCGACUCGGAACUAGCGGAAUGGCUCGUCUCCCUCCCCGAACCCUGCCUCUACCGCGCCCCUACCCCCGCCGACGUCGACGCGGGACAAGCUAGCCUCGUCGUCCAGCGCGCACUACUGCAUAUGUGCUACCACGCCACGCUCUCCGCGCUGCACCGCCCGCAGGUUCUCCCCUCGGCCGAAACAGCCGCGCACCCGCAAUGUCGCGCACUCCAGGACGUGUCGCGGCGACAGGUGCGCGAGGCAUCCCGCGAGAUCACGCGCGCUGCACAGGCGCUUUUCCAUCUGCAACUCGCGCGUUACCUUCCCACCACCGGCGUCACUGUUCUCCUACCCGCUAUCAUAAUCCACCUCCUCGACAUCAAGAGUCCGAGCAGCGGCACCCGCGACGAGGCACGAAGGGGUUUCGCGACGUGUAUGGGUGUUCUCGAACUCCUGCGCGAUAACUACGCUGCCGCGGACUUCGCGACGCAGUUCCUCGGCGCGGCGAUGCGGAAGGCUGGUAUUGACGCCGCGGAGUCGCCGUCGGCGAGAGGAGGGGAUAUGGCAAAUGCGAGGGCGGGGUUGACGCCGCCGCCGGACUCGUCGACGGGGGCUAGUGGUGCGGGUGCACCGCCGCCGUCGUCGACGACGAUGAUGGGGACGGUGCAGGCGGGGUUUUGGGAUGGGACGAGUGGGACGACGCCGGGUGGGAUGGGGGUUGGGGAGGUGACGACGCCGCCGGAUGAUGAUGAUGCGGAUGCGGGGAUGAAACUUGAGAACUGUGUUGGCGGCGGUGAGGAGGGGGUGUUUGAGGAGCAAUUCGGGGCGCUGGUUGAUUUUGGGGAGGGCGGGGCGGGGGGUGAUGGUGCGGAGAUGGUGGGGGGGAUGCAUGGGGAGAGUGGGGGGUUUAUGAUGGGGGGGAUGGAGUUUGGUGGGGGGUGGGGAGGGGUGAUGGUUGAGUAA